AUGCCAGAAACUAGGAAGCCGCGGAAGCGAGGGUUUGAGAUCAGGGCGGAAAAAGACAAGGAAAAACGUGAAAGAAGGAAGAAGCGAGAAGAAGAGCGUGAGAAGCAUGGAGAGGAGGCUGUUCCGAAACAAGUUCCGAAAACCAUUGAGAGUAUGCAAGAACCGGAUGAAACAUAUGUUCUUGACGAUCUUGUAAAUGAUGAAAUGAGCGAACAUUUUAAAAGCGAGUUGGUACCUAAAAUCUUGGUUACAACUUCGCCUAGAGCAAAACUCCGAACUUGGAAGCUCUGUUUUGAGCUUAAGAAGUGUAUACCAGGCGUGGAAAUUUAUUCGAGAAAAAACGUAGCCAUGAAGCGAGUCGUCAAGCAAGCAAUUGAGCACAAGUUUACAGACAUCAUUGUUGUACAUGAAGAUCGUAAAAGGCCAAAUGGAAUUGCUCUCAUUCACCUUCCUGAAGGACCAACGGCUUAUUUCAAAAUAAAUUCGUUGAAGUAUACAAAAGAAAUUAAGGAUGCUGGUGAAUCGACGGACCAUUAUCCCGAGGUGAUUCUUAACAACUUCCGUACGAGAGUAGGAAAAACAAUUUCUCGGAUGUUCGAAUGUCUUUUCCCACAAAAACCUGACUUCAUCGGCAGAAGAGUUAUCACUUUACAUAAUCAGCGGGACUACGUAUUCUUUAGACACCAUCGAUAUGAAUUCAAAAAAGAAGGGACGAAGGCAGCACUCCACGAAUUAGGACCUAGAAUCACCUUGAGACUUAAAUGGCUGCAAAAAGGAGCAUAUGACACUCGUAGUGGGGAAUACGAAUGGGUUCUGAAGCGACAUGAAAUGGAGAAAAGCCGUAGAAAAUUCAUCUUAUGUUCGGCAGAUCCGCGGAAGCAAAAAUCUAAAGAAACAGUGAGUUCUGAAGUCGAUUAA